AUGAUUCCGAAAGGCGAAGGAUGGAACGACAAAUACUUCGCCAUCACCACAAACCCAUCAUUCGCCAAACUUAGUCCCGAAGAACGUAUCAAUGCGGUUCUGAGCGUUCGAGCUCCGCACGAUGUCAGAUUUCUUAGUCAAUUCUUUGAACAAGACUGUAAACUGCACUCCUUCAAACAGACAUCCCCUACAACAUCCACGGUCACCUUCCGGUUCACUGUGACUCGAUUUUAUUGCAAUGCAGGCGGGGGCUUACACGGCGCCGCGCAGUCUUUAAUCUAUGACCACUUGACGAGUCUUGCGAUUCAGGCCGUGGGGCAGCCUGGAGGAUGGCUCGUGCCAGGAGUCAGCCGGAGUCUGAAUGUUACCUACUUGAGGCCAGCCCCCGAAGGAACGAUUUGUCUCUGCGAGUGUGAGGUUAUGGCUGCGGGAAAGGGGCUGGCCUUGAUGCGAGGUGUGAUCAGACGAGAACUGGAUGGCAAGGUUAUCAGUACUUGCGAGCAUGACAAAGCUUUUGUGGCGACGCAGAAGCUAUAA